AUGGAGCAACCAUCGCGGCCUUCCUCGAGGCGACCGCCAUUGGCCGAGCGUCAGCCGCGAGCGACACCGCAGCCCACGCCGACCAAGCCUCAUAACAGCAUCAAGACACCUUCACCUCGUAUGCCACACCAUGAGUCAUUGCACCCUGAUGGCAACUUGUCAGUAAGAGGCAAGAAGUCAUCUCAGAAAUCCGCAGUAGUACAGCCAGAUCCGCCCGAAGAGCCUCCGGUCGAGACGGAACGCAAGACUGUCUACACGAACAAAGGCAAGAGGAAGACUCAUGUUGGCCCGUGGCAUCUCGGAAGAACUCUUGGCAAAGGAGCUACAGGUCGGGUCAGACUUGCGCGACACAGUGGGACGGGAGACAUCGUCGCUGUCAAGAUCGUAUCGAAGAAGUCGGCGGCAAUGGUGCAAAGUGCUAGCAUGGCCAAGAUCGACAACGAUGCACAGAACCCCAUGAACAAGAAUGGCACGAGAAGAAUGCCUUUUGGCAUAGAAAGAGAAGUCGUCAUCAUGAAGCUGAUUGAGCACCCGAAUGUAAUCAACCUCUACGACAUAUGGGAGAAUCGCGGCGAACUGUAUCUCAUCCUGGAAUUUGUUGCAGGUGGCGAGCUCUUUGACUAUGUCUCCAGUAAUGGCGCAUUACCGGAAGAUGAAGCUGUCAGACUCUUCCGUCAGAUCAUUUCCGGUCUGUCAUACUGCCACCGCUUCAACAUCUGCCACCGCGACCUGAAGCCCGAAAACAUCUUGCUUGACAAAGAUCGCAAUGUUAAGCUUGCAGACUUCGGCAUGGCUGCUCUGCAACCCAAAGACAAGUGGCUCAAUACAUCAUGCGGCAGCCCACACUAUGCUGCACCUGAGAUCAUCCAAGGGCUUGAGUAUCGUGGCGACAAGGCCGACAUUUGGAGCUGUGGUAUCAUCUUAUUUGCGAUGCUGAAUGGCUUUCUGCCAUUCGAUGGCGGUGAUCUGACGACUACCUUGCGCCUCGUAAGAAAAGGAGACUACUUUUUACCUCCGAACCUGAGUGUUGAAGCUUCCGACCUGAUCCAGCGCAUACUGCAGAAGCGACCGGAGCGUCGUAUUACAAUGGAAGACAUCUGGCUCAUCCGCUCCUCCGCAAGACCGCCGCCUUCGGUCAUGGAAGCAUGCAAUAUGUCCCGGAUCGAAGACGCAGCUGACAUUGACGAUAACAUCCUUCGGAGUCUGCAGACCCUGUGGCAUGGGGAAAAGGUUGAAGCUCUCAUUGAGCGCUUGCUUAGUGAAGAGCCCAACCACGAGAAGCUCUUCUACCAUGCUCUGGUCAAGUUUCAAGAAGAGCAACUCGAAAACUACGAAGGCGAUCCCUUGCAAUACUCUGCCAGCGACUACCAACACUUGACUCGACCUCACGUCAAAAGCUCGAAGCGCAGAGCAUCUGCCGCAGGACUCUCCCAUGCCAGACGGCCCUCCCAGUUUUCCAUCGUCAGCGACGGUGGCACAAAACGGGAUACCUAUUACAAGGUUCCUGCCACAUCAGCCAGCAAAGCUACGAAUAGCACAUAUGACCCGUAUCGAUCGUCCAAGAACCCAAUCAUUGAUGUUCACAAGGACGCUUCAACGACUGUGGUCCGACGAGAUGUGCGUUCUGCAAGUAAUGCGCAUGGCAUUCGUCAUCCAGCUGUGAGCAGACUACAGAACGAAGUGACGGCAACAGCCCUGCCCGAAGUUGCUGAGCAUCGCCGCCGUGCCUCCUAUUCGACUAUCGGCUCUCGAAGCUCCCUGGCCAGCUCGAAGAAAGGCCAACCCGUACAGAAAUCCGCAGGCUACAAGCGUCGUGUCAGCUUCCCCCAAGGCCGCCGCGCAUCAGCCACACCAUCGCUCUCGCGCGAGCCAUCUGAGGACAAGUCGAGGACAACCGGCCACUCAGGCGAGCGUCCGAACACAAAUGAUACUGAUGCACCCAUGUCGAGCACUAUGAGCGACCCGGCUCUAUCCAGUCCACCUGCAACAGUGAAGCCACGGAGACCAGCAUCAGACCUGCAGCUCCAAAAAGCACCAAAUUUGACGCAAGCCUGGCGAGAUGAUACUCGCAAGGUCAGUCAGGAGCUUGGAAAGAUCUGUGAAGAGGCCUUCAACAGAUCAUCAGUAUCGUCCACGAGCGGCGUCAGUCACUACACAACUGCCGAUACUCCGCCGACUUCUGUUAGCACACAGGACGGUAGAGCUGGCAGUCAUCUUCGUGAUCGACCGCUGCCAGAAACCCCUGUAUUGCGAGAGCUCAGUGAGAAGCGCCAGAAGAUGAUCGAUAUGUUCAGCUCCACCAAAGGAGUCGAUCUCGAGCAGAUGUUGGCACCUCUGGAUGCACGUAUAGCGGAAGAGAUCCGAAGACAAAAGGGCAGUCGCAUCAGCAUCGACCCAAGUGUUGUGCCAGGACGACGUGCAUCAAGCUUGCCAGUGCAGGGUAACACCAUGGACGACCUGAAGCAUCUGCGUGAGGAGAUGAAUCGAGCAGCGUCGGAUCCAGUCAAGACGUCUAGCCAAGGUACGGAGGCGACUGUGCGGCUUGUCCCUGCCUCGUCGCCAGCCAACCGCUUGGGCCCGGUCAACACACGCAAGAACAAGGCUAUGCCGGUGAACUCGCUUCGUGAUGGUCGCGUUAAUCCCACGAUCACACAGCUUGAACGCGAUGGCUACGAUACACGUCUGUACACUAAGAAAGUCAUUCUGGACACCAUUGAAGAAGAUCCGUCUCUCACCCCGAAGAAGAAGCGUCUACGAACUCUCUAUCGCGGAAGUGGUCAUGGCUGA